UUAUUUUGAUCAUUGUUUGUGUUUGGUUUGAAUAUAUAUAUUUAUAUUUUUGUAUUUUAUUAUGCUACAAACUAUUUUGACUCCUUUGGGGUCAAAUAUACAAAUGUCUCCAUAAAUAAAUAGUGAUAUUUCACACUAUAAUUGACACUCAAGUUAAUGCAAGCAUUCAAUGUGGGAGGGAACAGGAGUGGUGUUCUACAUUUUUCUUGCUGAAAUUAAUGUGAUAAGCUUCCCUUACACACACAUAUACAUACAUACAUACACACAUACAUAUAUAUAAUGUGAAAUGUGGAUGAAUACUGAAAAACCUUCGUAAUGGCUGCAUUAACUAAGGUGAAAGGUCUUUCUUCAGUCAAGCACUCACUUGCAGGCUUUCUUCCUUCAUUUUAGACCUCAGCUCACUAUUCUGAACUUGGCUCCAUCUUCAAAAGCCCCAACCUUUCUUUUAAAAGGAAAAGGCAGGACGGUUGCUGUGAUUGGGUGCUUCAGCAUUAUGUGGCUUGAGAAUGAAGUGGGGGAGGGGAGGGGAACUCCAUUAGCUCUUUCUGAGCAGUGACAGUUAGAAGUGUUGCCUGGUGCUGGGUGAUGCUGCUUGCAGGCCCUAGUUCCACCAACAUCUUUCUUUCUACCCAACUGUCAUCAUGCAGGCUGCUGAGGGGCAGCAGCUUUUCGACCCUAUCUCAUUUGGGAAGGACCUCAUGAUAGGUGGGGUGGCAGCUGCUAUUUCCAAAACAACAGUCGCACCCAUUGAGCGGGUGAAGCUCCUGCUCCAGGUUCAGGCCUCAUCCAAGCAGAUCCGUGCCGACCAGCAAUACAAAGGCAUGAUAGACUGCAUUGUACGCAUUCCUCGGGAGCAAGGAUUUCUCAGUUACUGGCGUGGCAAUCUUGCCAAUGUUAUUCGAUAUUUCCCAACUCAAGCCCUAAACUUUGCCUUUAAGGACAAAUACAAGCAGAUUUUCAUGGCUGGAGUUGAUAAAGAUACACAGUUUAUGAGAUGGUUCAUUUCAAAUCUGGCUGCUGGUGGAGCAGCUGGGGCUACUUCACUGUGUGUAGUAUAUCCAUUAGACUUUGCACGAACUCGAUUGGGUGCUGACAUUGGCAAAGGUCCCUCUGAGAGACAAUUCUCAGGUCUAGCUGACUGUAUUGGUAAAAUUGCUAGAAAAGAUGGAAUUACUGGUCUAUACCAAGGAUUUAGCGUUUCAGUACAGGGAAUUAUUGUAUAUCGAGCAUCUUAUUUUGGAUGUUAUGACACCAUAAAAGGAAUGCUACCAAAUCCGAAAGAAACCCCAUUCCUUUUAUCUUUUGCAAUUGCUCAAGUGGUGACAAUAUUUUCUGGGAUACUCUCCUAUCCAUUUGACACUGUCAGAAGACGCAUGAUGAUGCAGAGUGGAGAGGCCGAACGCCAAUAUAAAGGAACCAUUGACUGCUUUAUCAAGAUAUAUGGCCAGGAAGGAAUAAAAGCCUUUUUUCGUGGGGCUUUUUCAAAUGUUCUUCGUGGGACAGGUGGUGCCUUGGUGCUAGUCCUUUAUGACAAAAUCAAGGAAUUUCUUCAUAUUGAUCCUACAGUAGGCCAAGCAUCUGACUAAAACCACAUUUUACUUGCAUUGCACAUGUAGAGAUUGUUUUGAAUAUUAGUUUAUUAAUUAGUAUUCCACUUUGUAACAAGUCAGUAGUAUUUACUGUUAUGAUUUUAAAGCAAUUUAAAAGUUACAUUUACUUAGUUUUUACUUUCAAAAUGCUUUUGCCUAUUAUUUCCCUUUCCAGUCUUUUCUUUGAGUCGUUAUCUUUAUCUUCAAAAUCAAGAUUCCUGGAUUUCAUCUUGAAGAUAAGCAAUUCUUUGGGAGGAAAAGGGAGAGGGAAACACUGAAUUGCCUAGCCAAAGUUGUCUAUCAUAGUUGAUAACUGAGCUUGGAUUGGAAUCCAUUUUGGUCCGAGCCAAACCCAGUGGUUUACAUUGGAGUUUAAACAUUUUUAUUAGUAAGAAAUAAGAG